UCAGACAUGGAGUCCCAGGUGUCCUGCUGAUGGAAGGAACAGACAAUCUACAGAUAACAGUCAGCCCAACCCCGGAGUCAUUUCCUCAUGGGAAAUUGUUACCGAUUUCACCAACAUGGCCUUUCUCAGAAGUCCCGUCUUCCGCAGCAGUGGCCAGAAUCAAGAAUGUGCUGGGACCCUCCCCUGACAACACUAGCGUGCUGCAGUUUGCCCGAACAUCUCCACCCAAAACACACCGCAGAGCCCGGGCUCAUGGGGACUUCUCUUCUUCCCCUUACCAAGGAAGUGGACACAGCACCUCCCUUGAGCCUUCCAAGGAUUCCACCGAGUCUCUGGUCCAACCAAGACCUCAAGGGGGAAAGGAUGCAUCCUUUGUGUCAGGUUUGCCUCACACCAGCAUGCUCCCCUCAUUGUCCACUAUCCCAUUUCAGCCAGUCUGGGUAGGGACUCCUUCCAUUUCAAUACAACAUUCCCCAAGAUCAAACAUUGUUGCAUUUCUCCCUCCACAUCCAUCCUCUUCAUUGGCUUCUGACUCACCUCAUUCCAUCACCUUUUCCAAGCCACCUGAACAACCCACCAAAGUGCCUUUGUUUCCCCAAAUAGCUCCAAUUGGCUCCUCUUCAAGUCAGAGCAUAGCUAAUCCCCCACGCCCAUUUGCUGGGGAAAUGAACCACACUCUGUCCAAAAAUGCCCAGGAUUUUAUAGGCAUCCCUCGUCUAGGUCUUUUUGGAUACUCAACAGUGGAGCAUCCUGAGCUGGCCCCCACAGAGGAUCCUCACUCAGCAGGCUCCCCCACACCUGAGUUUUUGAGCUCUGUGGCAGAACUGUCCCAUCUGUCUCUCCCGCCCCCAGUGCCUGGAAGUCUACUUCUGCUUCCAGAUGGAACUCCCUCAUGGUCAGUGUUGGAAGUGGCUUCAAGACAUACAUCCACACAGCCAGUUGAAGCUGAGGUGGCUGGAGGAGUGCACAGUGGGGUGACUUUGCCACCUUCUAAGAGUGUGGCAGCCACAGCAGUGACCCAGGAGGCUGUGUCUUCACUUUUCCAGACUGCAGAAUCAGUGGCAGUGGAAACAACCAGCAGAAAGCUAGCCCUUGGUACUGCAAAUGACGUCACUAACCCACUGCAUUUGUCAGGAGCUCCAGAGAAUUCUGAAGGGCUCCUCCCUUCAGUGGAACACACAUCUUCCUCUUUGGCACCUUCUACUCUGUCUCUCACUACAGCCCACAGAGGGCAAGCCAUCCAUUCUGGGGCAUCCAACAGCACAUCAGCAAACUUUCCCUCUGCUCUCACCUUCCUCCAGCUGGCACAGAACCAUGCCUCUAUUUCCACUGUGCCCAAGAUGCCAACUCCUCAAAAAGGGGGCAGUGGUGGAACCCCUCCGACUGCAGCUACAGACUUCCUCUUCUCCAACAAAUUUCCCAAUCUUCUUUCCACGACCUGGGCAUUUCCUCUGCAGAAAGAAGAUAGUGUGACAGAUGGUUUAAAGAAAAAUGAAAAGGCAGAUUUGACAGUUGAUCUCCAGACCCUUCCAACUAAAGAGAUUCCAGGUCUUCACACUGUAAAUGGGUUCAACUCUGCUUCUAGCACGGAUCAUAUUUCAUCUUUCUUCAUCACAACACUAAAAACAAACCUCCUUCCUUCAGAGUUACCUCUACCUUCCAGCCCCUCUGUACAAAGCACCCAGACUACGUUCCCAUCCCCUAGCUUGUCUGACAUCAAGCCAGAGACUUAUGCAGCUGUGAUAGACCAUUCUCAGUUGCCAGUUUCAACUUCCCAACAGGUGACAGCAUUUCCCUCAUCCACUGAGGUCUAUGAUUUCUCAACAAUGAGACAUGUGAAAAAGCCAGCAACCACAGAUGUUUUCUGGAGUUCUCUUUCAGCAGAAACUGGAUUUCUCUCCACAGAGCCAAUGAUAUCUGGCUUGCAGCAGCAAACAAAUUAUGAUUUAAAUGAGCACACAAUUAACUCCACCAGUUGGGAAACUCAUUCAGCUUCAACUCCUCCUCCCAAUGGCUCAACUUCAGCUGCCAGUACAAUAAAAUCUUUGGAUUUCAGAGAUACUACUGGGCAUUCAGUGACUGCAGAAGGCUCUAACAUUCAGCAUCCAGUCCUUGGUACAAGCACCAACCUGCCUAUUCAACAGUCAGAGAUUACCAUGGUUGGAAACCAUACAGACUUCUUGUCAACAACCAAUAAAAACUAUUCCAGAGAGUUCCCAACAGCUGAGAUUGAAGAUUACCCAUCCACAAGCCAACAUGCUAUGUCUCAUCCUCAUCUUCAACUGCCUGCACAUUCAACACAUGCUCUUUCACCAGCCUCUCCAAGUCUGACUUCCACAGCUAGCUUGCAGGAAAUGCUUUCAGAUGGAACAGAUACAAUUCUCCGAAUUUCCAGUGACAUCCAUCCAUCUCCUGUGAUAAGUGCUUCCACAUCAUUCCAGAGUAUCUUGAAAUAUCACUCUACUGCUGAAUCUCCUCCUCUAUCGACCAGGGCCCCAUCCAAAGUGCUGCUGGCUUCUCAGCACCCUGAGAAAUGGACAGGUGCAGCCACUCAUGCAGUGGAUCCCUCAGUGUCGUCCAAGGCAGAACCAACAGCAGCAUCCGCUGCCACGUUGUUCCUGGGGAAAUCAAGUCCACCGGCGCUGUCUGCAGCCCUGAUUGCCAAAGGCACUGGCAGCAGUGCUUCGGCCAUGGCCUCAGCAUUAGUCAAGAGCAGUUGGACCACUGCCCUAGCUAAAAACGUCACAAACAACACAGUACCUGGCCCAAGGACGACACCAGGGGCACUGCAUCCGGCCUUCUCACUCGCACCAACCUACAUGUUUUCAAGAACAGCACACACCGUGAGUGCUCAUACAGCCAUGCAAGGGAACAUGGGCACUGCCUCUGGCCUGUUGUCCACAACACACCCCCCCAGGAAACCACAAGCCAUGCACACAGGCCUCCCAAACCCCACCAGCCCGGACAUGCCGAGGACAUCCACCACACGCCCACUGACAAUCACAGCAGCCUUGACAUCCGUUACUGCCCCAGUAAGGGCCACCCGGUUGCCACCUUUGCUGGCAGAGAAUACAGAUACUGCGUUGACUGCUGUGGUCACAACUGGCAAAAUGGCAUCCAACCUGGAGUGUCAGAUGUCCAGUAAGCUCCUGGUGAAGACAGUUCUCUUUCUGACCCAGAGGAGAGUGCAGAUCAGUGAAACCUUGAAGUUCAAUGUAGCCAGAGGGCUCACGCAGGCAUUGCGGAAGGCUUUCCACCAGAAUGACGUCUCAGCUCACGUGGACAUUCUGGAACAUUCUCAUAAUGUCACAGUUGGUUAUUAUGCUACCAAAGGGAGACUGGUGUACUUGCCUGCCGUCGUGAUAGAAAUGCUGGGUGUUUAUGGGGUCAGCAAUGUCACGGCGGAUCUGAAGCAACAUACCCCAAACUUGCAGUCAGUGGCAGUUCUUGCCUCCCCGUGGAAUCCCCAACCUGCAGGCUACUUCCAGCUGAGAACAGUGCUGCAGUUUGUGAGCCAGUCUGACAACAUCCAGUCCUGCAAGUUUGCUCAGACGAUGGAACAAAGACUGCAGAAGGCCUUUCAGGAUGCAGAGAGGAAAGUCCUGAAUACCAAGAGCAACCUGACAAUUCAGAUUGUGAGCACAUCCAACGCCUCCCAGACAGUCACCUUGGUGUACGUGGUGGGCAAUCGGAGCUCCUUCCUCAAUGGCACAGUCGCCAGCAGCCUCCUCCGCCAGCUCUCGGCUGAGCUGGUUGGGUUCUACCUCACCUACCCGCCGCUCACCAUUGCCGAACCGCUGGAAUAUCCCAACCUUGAUAUAUCAGAAACAACCAGAGACUAUUGGGUAAUAACAGUGCUACAGGGCGUGGACAAUUCGCUGGUGGGCUUGCACAACCAGAGCUUCGCCCGGGUCAUGGAGCAGCGCCUGGCCCAGCUAUUCAUGAUGUCCCAGCAGCAAGGCCGGCGGUUUAAACGGGCCACCACCCUGGGAAGCUACACCGUGCAGAUGGUAAAGAUGCAACGGGUGCCGGGACCCAAGGACCCGGCGGAGCUGACUUACUACACCCUGUACAACGGGAAGCCAUUGCUGGGGACUGCAGCUGCCAAGAUCCUGAGCACCAUUGACUCCCAAAGGAUGGCCUUGACCCUGCAUCAUGUUGUCCUUCUGCAAGCUGACCCCGUGGUGAAGAAUCCGCCCAACAACCUGUGGAUCAUUGCAGCAGUGCUGGCACCCAUUGCCGUGGUCACAGUCAUCAUCAUCAUCAUCACUGCUGUGCUCUGCCGGAAGAACAAGAGCGACUUCAAGCCAGACACCAUGAUGAACCUGCCGCAGAGAGCAAAGCCUUUGCCCAGUGUUUCCCUUCAUAUAAUUGAUGAGAACAUGGCUCCCUGGAACAGGCAGUCUUACGGGACAGUAGGUAGGGCCACAUCCAGAUGCAGGAUGGAGCAUGGAGGGCCCACAAUGGUUGGCAUGACCAUCUGCUCGGGACAGCCUGUGCAAGGCUUUGAUUAUGCCAAGCAGCACCUGGGCCAGCAAGGGGCGGAUGAGGAGGUGGUCCCUGUGACUCAGGAAACGGUGGUCUUACCGCUCCCUGUUAGAGAUGCUCCUGCCUCUCAGGAAAGAGACAUUGCCCAGGACGGAAGCACCAUCAAGACGGCCAAGUCCACUGAAACCAGAAAGAGCAGGUCGCCCAGUGAGAAUGGCUCUGUCAUCAGCAAGGAAUCAGGGAAGCCCAGCUCAGGGAGGCGCUCGCCCCAGAAUGUAAUGGCACAGCAGAAAGUGACAAAGGAGGAAGCACGGAAGAGAAAUGUGCCUGCGAGUGAUGAAGAGGAAGGAGCAGUGCUUUUUGACAACUCUGGCAAGGCAGCUGCCGAUCCCUUCGACACGUCCUCUGGAUCUGUGCAGCUCAUUGCGAUAAAACCCACGGCCCUCCCCGUGGUGCAUCCCACUUCGGACCGGAGCCAGGAGUCGGCCAUCCUCAACGGUGAGGUGAACAAAGCCCUGAAGCAGAAGUCAGACAUUGAGCACUAUCGGAACAAGCUACGCCUCAAAGCCAAGAGGAAGGGAUAUUACGACUUUCCACCGGUGGAGACAAACAAGGCUCAGACAGAAAGAAAAAAGAUGUACGAGAAAACCCCAAAGGAAAUCGAGCACGUUUUGGAUCCAGACCCAGAACUGUGUGCCCCAUUUGCUGAGUCUAAAAACAGGCAACAGAUGAAGAACUCUGUCUACCGAAGCCGGCAGUCUCUGAAUAGCCCGAGUCCUGGGGAAACGGAGAUGGACCUUCUGGUGACUCGGGAGCGACCCCGGCGUGGAAUCCGUAACAGCGGAUACGAUACUGAGCCUGAGAUCAUAGAGGAAACCAACAUUGACAGGGUGAAUGAGCCUCGGGGCUAUGCCCGAUCAAGGCAGAUGAAAGGUCACUCGGAGACCUCCACACUGAGCUCCCAGCCCUCCAUCGACGAGGUCAGGCAGCAGAUGCACAUGCUACUGGAGGAAGCCUUCAGCUUGGCGUCUGCAGGCCAUGCGGGCCAGAGCCGGCACCAGGAAGCCUACGGCUCAGCACAGCACCUGCCCUACUCGGAGGUGGUGACCAGCGCUCCAGGAACCAUGACGCGGCCCAGGGCAGGGGUGCAGUGGGUACCCACCUAUCGCCCAGAAAUGUACCAGUAUAGUCUGCCUCGGCCGGCAUACAGGUUUUCCCAGCUUCCUGAAAUGGUCAUGGGCUCUCCCCCUCCACCUGUACCUCCCCGGACUGGCCCUGUAGCUGUUGCUUCUCUCAGGCGGUCCACCUCGGACGUGGGCAGCAAGACCAGGAUGGCUGAGUCCGCGGGGCCCGAGCCGGCCCAGCUGCACGACAGCCCCUCCUUCGCGCAGGUGUCCAGAGGCCCCGUGUCCGUGGCGCAGUUGGACCAGUCGGCUUUAAAUUACUCAGGUAAUACGGUGCCGGCAGUGUUCGCCAUCCCAGCUGCCAACAGACCUGGCUUCACCGGCUACUUCAUCCCGACGCCUCCCUCAUCCUAUAGGAACCAGGCCUGGAUGUCCUAUGCAGGAGAGAAUGAGCUCCCAGGCCAGUGGGCCGAUUCGGUCCCCCUCCCAGGGUACAUAGAGGCUUACCCCCGGUCACGUUAUCAGCAAAACUCUCCCUCCAGGCUCCCUCGCCAGUACAGCCAGCCAGCAGGCCUGCACCCCAGCCUGGAGCAGGCCCCGGGGCCGUCCGCGGCCGCCUCGCAGCAGAGCCUCGCGGAGAACGACCCAUCUGACACGCCCCUGACCAACAUCUCCACGGCGGCCCUCGUGAAGGCCAUCCGCGAAGAGGUGGCCAAGCUGGCCAAGAAACAGACAGACAUGUUUGAGUUCCAGGUCUAAUGCCUUAGCCCCAUGGGACUUCCAGACUCUGAGGAAACAGUUUUCUGCUUUCUCCGCCUAACAUGCUGGGACUUGAGGCAUAGACCAUGUGUGAGUCUUUCUCACCCUCAGUCUCUGAAAAGGGGAAUGGUGGGGCUUCUGGGCAACAGAGGAGACUCUUGAACAACUUGAUUCUUGGCUUAUUCAAUUGAUUGUAUGUCAAGAAGUCCCCGUGUAGGACCAUAUGUUUGAUAUUCUGUGAAGUUAAAUGUUUGAACUGUGGGUAUAUUUCCCUAUGGAGCCUUAGUCACAAGAGACACUAACUAAUCUGCAGACCCCUGUCCAAUGCCACAUUUUAAUAAAUCACCAGAAGGGGGAGAACAUUGCUCUGUCUUCGGUGAGUUCUGCAUGUUAACUCUGUUUCUGUGUUAAAGGCAAUGCAGGCAUCUGAUUAAGCACCAGACUGUACUCUCUCUCUCAUUCAGCCAUGACUGUGAUCAUUUGAAUCACCUCUGGUCUGUAAAGGAGGCACUGACUCCAGCCAAGAAACUUCAGUCCUUUUCUUUUCAAGGUUCAUAUUCGAAGUCAGAUGAAUUGGAUGAAAAUCAGUAUUGUCGAUGACUGCACCUAUAAAUAGUCCUGACUCUUUUUUCCUCCCAUUAAUUAAACAACGGCUGAGAAAGAGAGCAGAUGAGAGGGAAUGGUGGAUUUGUGUUGACAAGUUUUUGAAAAGGUGUUGUCAUUUUGGAACUUGAGUACCGUGCAAGUUGGGAUCUAACUGAAAGAAUCGGUGCUAAGAGCUUUUAAGAUCCUACAAAAGAAAAACAGUCAUUUGUGGAGGUUUUUCUUUGCCUUGCAAUGAAGUUGGCCUGAGAGCAAGUUUCUGUCUAUUUUGAGAUAAUAGAUACAUGGACUUCGAUAAGAAAACCUCUAUCUCUUCAACAGCGAUGUCCAGUGUGUGCUGCUGAGCAAUACAGAAGGAAGUGGUAACUGAUGCCUGUUUGAAGCAGAAGGAGUGGAUUCCCCAGUCUCCCCAGGCUGCAGCCUCUGUUUAUAGGAGCCUCUGAAUGUAGAAAAUCUGUUGAUUUACGUUUAAAUGUAAAUAACAUUUUUUUAAGCUAUGGAGUUUGCCAGUUCCUUCCCCCGGCCACCCCCCCCCCCCCAUAGUCAAUGGAUGUAGGACAUUUGCUGAAAUGGCAGGGCUGCUGACCUUGUGACCGCAAUGUGGUAAAUCACAUUUCCUGGCUUGGCAAGUCAGCAUCUGGAACUCUGGCUGGACACUGCCUCGCAGCCCUGAGGCAUCAGCUGCUGACUGUCAGUGCAAAAGCAAAAUUUCAGGUAGCCCAGGGGAGGGAACACUCUGGUCCCCUCACCAACUCUGCUGGGGGCUUACUUGGUGUCUGUUGGAGAACGAGGUCCUGUCCUGCCUUCACCCAUGACCCAUUAGCUUCAGCUGUGCCCAUGCCUUCUUGAGCCCAUCCUUCCAUUUCCCUCAUGAGUUUCUUUGGUCUUUACUGAGCAAAGGUGGAAAUUUAAAAGUUGAGAGAAGAGUAGGAGUGGAAGUGAAUAGAAUGAGAGAUUCAAACUGUCAAAGCACAGACUUUUCAAAGAAGCUGUUUUUAUUUCCCAAUGGCAAAUUGCCCUUUCUGGAAAUUUCCAGAGAUGAUGUGUCAUGGAAUCCCCAGACCAGUCUCUUGUUCGGAUGAUAUUAGGUAGUGUCCUUUUGGUAUGCUGGUUGAUCUUUCAUAGUGUUAGUUUUUUGUUACUUAAGAAAAACUCAGCUAUAAAUAAAAUGUAUUUUUGUAAUUUCCAUGUGUAUAUAUGGUAUAUUUCUACCAAUGGCCAGUUGUUGUAGUCCCAAACCUAAAUCAGCUUGCAAAACACUGUGGAUGGUGCAAGAUUUUAUUGACAGAUUAACACAAUGCCUAAGUCUAUCCAAAUAGGUAUUCAUGCACUUGAAUGAACAAAGAGCCAAAGAAACUCAGCCUUUCAUGCAAAUGGUAUGAGUCUGAUAAAGUCAGCCACAUUGUCCCGCCUUAUCAAUAAUAUUAAUAUUUCAUCAGUGCAAUGAUAUCAACCCAGUACUUUGUCUACUUGGUAAAUGCCUGGAAAUCCUGUAUGUGACAAUGAAGUUUCAAGACCUUAGUAUAAUUAAAAUAUAUACUUCAAAGACAGUUUCUGCGCUUCAGAUGUUCCAGUGACUUACAGAAGAGAAUGAGCCUACGGUCUGCACCGGCAUGGCCCCAGCUUGCUAAGACGAUGGAGAAACAAAUCAUUGCAGUCUUUGCAGAACCCCAUGAAGUAUUGAGUUCAUCAACUGAGACGACUAAAAAUAUAGCGUGCUAAAUCAGACACUCUGGUAAACUAGACACCACAGGUUUAAGAAAAGUAUAUGGGAGGAAAACCUUAAGUUGAAAAGAAAUCAGUCUGUUCAUGUUUUUUUCCAGCAAUGGGGAGACAGCCACCAUUGUUAGAUUUUCUGUGAUGAAUGGUGGUCCCUUCUCCGAAGAGUCUCCUGGCGUCAUGGAGGGGACAGACGCCCGGACUGCUGCCUCUGAGGAAAGGCAGAAGUGCUUCAUGGAGGCAAAAAUAGAGUCAUGAGAGUCCAGAGGGUCUGUGUUCCUUAUGAUCCUCCAGACAGUUGAAGAAGCCACAGACGACCGUGGCAAUCUCGCAGAAGGAAUCAGAAGUCCAGAAAAGUGGAGUGACCUCCUGGAAGAUUCCAUCCCAAGCCUGCUGAUUCAUGAUUCAACUUGCUUUCCAUUUCACCAUGCUGCCUGCACGCUUGUCUGUGAUGCAUUUCUUGAACUGUGCUAAGAAGUUUAAAAAGUAGACAAGGGUCGUAUGAGGGACACCCCUACGUUCUUGUGAAGAAAAAAAAGAUGAUUGGAUAUGUAAAGGACUUCAGAUAAAGUGUAUAGAGGACGAUGCAUUUGUGGCAUAAUAAACACUUUUCAGAACUUG